UUUCUGCUAUCUCUCUAGCCUCAACCAUAAAUCUCAGUCAUGAAAUACAGAGCUAUAAGCUAACGCAGAAAGCUCGUCACAACAAACAGUGUUAAAAAUGGACCACUUCAAGCAGAUAUGAAAAACCGGGAGAUCCCUAAACUGCGAAAAUAAAGAGUAAAAUAAUGGUAAAAAAUGUUUGGAAUGUCAGAUUCUAAUGGCUUCUGCAAAAAAUCAUUGAAAUGCCGAAAAUCAAUGUCUUUUAAGGAGAAGAAUUUUGCAACAUCUUCAAAUUCUCUAAAUUUUGUUUCAAGCUCUAAUGUUAUAGCGAGUGAUGAUGAAGCAGUCAGUACAUAUACAGAAAGCCCUACAAUUAUGGGAAAGAGGACAAGUAAAGAGUCAAAAUCAGAAAGUAAACUUAAGCCAAGGAAAAAAUUCAAAAAUAAAGAAUUGGUUAAAAGAAAAUCUAAGAAAAAAUUCAUAAGUUCCUCAGAUCCUACAGAAAAAAGGUCAUCUUUUCAAAAUAUAGGCUUACUUGAUUGUUUUAAAAAGAAUCAGGAAACCUUUGAAUCUAGGAAAAAACUGCACUCUAAAACUAAAAACAGAAAUUUACUGAAGAAAAAAACUGAAUCUGUGGACUUAUUAUCUUCUUCAUGUGAUAAAAAUAUUUAUAGUUUGCCUUAUUCGAUGGAAGACACGCCGGGACGAAAUGUUCAAAAAUCUGAAUUCACAGCUGAAAAUGAAGAAAUGUAUUCUUCUGAAAUGCAGACUGGAUCUGAAUUAUUUGAAAUUAGCAAUAUUUCUACAAAACUAGUUGCAGGACGUAAAAAAUUCAAUAUAUUAUCAUUAUGGAAAAAAAGUCACAUUAAAGUUUUGAAAAAUCUAAAGAACUCUCAUUUUUCUGAUAAAAGCAACCCUAAAUUUGCUUAUGAUAUUAUAAAACCAAAUCCUCAAUUUGCUCUGAAGAUAAAAAAGCGUUCAAAUGAAAAAUCUAAGUCAUUAAAACAUAUUGAAAUGUAUGUAAGUGACCAAUCUCCCUAUACUCCAGCCACUCGCCAUAUUACUAAAAAAAGAAAGUGCUUAGGCUCACAUGAGGGUUCUGACCAGUCAUCUUCUAAUAUUCUAAAUUCAUCUGAAACUUUUAAGUCAGAACUACAUAUUCAAUCUGAUAAAAAUAAGAAGAGUUCUGUUAGUUUUAGCGGGUGUCAUUCUUCUCCUAAUUUCAAUAUGUUAGAUUCAAAUUCAUAUGAUGUUUGUGGGAAUAAAAAAUCCAAAUGGCAGCCUAUGAAUGAAAUACCAGAUCAUAGACAUAAAAGUCAAAUUAAUGACGAUAAGAAAUCCCGUGAAUGUGAGACGAUUUCACAAGUUGAUGUGGAUGAACACAGUCUUCAGACAUUAGCUGAUGAUCAGGCAUCCAAUUCUAUUCUCAUAUCAGCUGAAUUUCAAGAGGAGAUCAUUGAUAAUAAUCAGGUAGCCUUAUAUACUGAUGAUAAUAUUCCAUCAUUGGCUUCUCCUAUUAAAAUUAAUUUGUAUCAAAAGAUGUGUGAUAAUUUGGACGCUUCUCUCUAUCCUAGUCACAUUGAUAAAUUAUCGGUAAUAAAAACUGAUUGCCGCAAAAACAGUUUGAGUAUGACUCAGAAUACCACAAGCAAAUGUAAAUUUAAAAAAUCGAAGAUCUCCAACAAAGAAAUUAAAAUUAUCAAUUCUGAAAAAUUAAAUGCAUCUGAUGAGGUUAAAUCUUAUGACUCAAUAUAUGCAUUAGAAAAGAAACAUUUAGAAAAUGAAAAAGGAAGCACCUGUUUUAUAAAAUCGCCACAAUGUGUGCCAGAAACUAACGUGAAGGAAAAAAUAGAUUCCACAGUAAAAUUUAAUUCAAUGUGUGCUGAAAAGGAAGUGCGGGAUGAUGAUUCUCCUGAAUUAUUUAUAAAUACUGACAUUUCCGAUUCUGAAGACAUUAAUUACCCAUCACAUGAUGAUAAAAACAUGAAAAUGGCAGCUAGCUUUCCAGAAAAAAACAUUUAUGGCAAGGAUAGUCUAACUACUCACACUAAACUUGCUGACAAUGAUAUGAUUUCAUUUAAACAUGGUGAAGCUGGUGUGAAUUCUCACGCUCUUGAUAAAGCUCUCCCUAGUGAUAUUACUGAACAUAUUGGAAGUAUUGAUUUCUCAUCCUUCCAGUGCAAAUCUCAAAAAAUAACUAAGGAUUGUUCGGAGAAAAUUGUUGAAAUUAGUCAAACAUCUCCGAUACAAGGCCUUUUUGAACACCAUAAAACUUUUCAUUCUGUAGACCAAGCUAAUGAGAUAAGAACUGUAAAAUCUACUUCUAAAUGUGCUCAAAUUGAUUGUGAGAUUUCUAAUGAUUCUGCUUCCGAUAUCGCUGUUAAAAAAUUUGACGGCUCUUUUAAUUUUCAAAGUUUUUCUAAAGGCAAGACAGAUCCUCUUGUUAAUUCAUCCUGUGAUAAACGUAACUCUUUAAAAGUAGCUGAUAAAAGUGAGUCAGCCAAGUCUAGUCAUAGCAGUGGUAAUCAAGAUUAUUUAAGUGAACAAGAUAUAACUGAUUCCAAAGAUCAAGCUAGUCUAUCGAAUGCUGGUGAAUCCAAUGCUAAAUGGAUUCAGAUUGACUCUUCAGAUGAUUGUAUAUCUGUAGUCACUGCAAAAAACUUUGAUUACUGUUCUGAUACCCAAAAUGUCUCUAAUAGUGACAUCAAAAAUAAAAAUAUGCCUUUUGUUUGUUUAUCAUCUACAGGAAGUAUCAAAAAUAGUUCAAUAGAUCUCCUGAAUGGUAACAGUCAUAAAAAUAGAGACAAUAUUAAAAAUGAAGAAAUUGUGGAUUGUGAAGAUGAAGUAGAUAUGACUGAAACAGAAGAAUCCGUUGCUAAGUGGUUUCCAAUUGAGUAUGAAUCUUCAAAUGAUUCUCCUUCUAAAACUGACAUAGAAGAAUUUAAGAGCUCUUUUGAUGCUGUAAAUUCAAAUUUUUCAUUUAAGAUUUCCUUGAAUUCAUCAAGUAAACAAGAUGAUGCAAAAUUAAAAGACUCUGUUUUACAAGAAUGUUCAUAUAAUGCAAUUGAUUCAAACAUUGGACAUGAUAUUACUGAACCAGUCAUAAAAGACAAAAAAUUGCUUUCCCCUGAUUCAUCUCUUGAGUCAAAUGGCUUAGAUUUAACAAAAAGUAGUAAGGUCGCUGAUAUUAAAUCUGCUCAACAACAAAAUACACACUCAGUUAAUGCUCAGAAAGAUAAUCAUUUAGUUAUUUCAGCAAAUACAGCUGAUGGUCUAACUUUAAAAGAAGACUUCAGUACAAGAAAUUUAGUUCGAAGUACCAGUAGUCAAAUCUGUUCAUUCAGUGAUUCAUCAGAAAAUAAAAAGGGUUUGGAAAUCAAAGUCUUAGAAUCAGAUAGGAUGUCUGAUUCUAAAAUAGGACAUGACAUUAGUGAUGCAGUUUUAGUAGAUGAACAUUCAUUUUCCUUUGAUUACUUUCCUCCUGCACCAACCUGCUCAUAUUCAACUUGGGAGCCUAAAUCUUCUGAAAAGGUAAUUGCCUCUCCUCAUAUUGAUAGAAAUAAUUCUUCAACCUCAGAUGAGACUUCGACUUUAAAUAAAAAGAAACAAAGUCCAAGAAAUAGUGAUAACUUUGUGCCGUCCAUAGAAAUGUUUUGUGAUGACAACACAGUCGAAAUAAUUGAAAAAGUGCCAUUAGUUGAUGUACAAAAGGAAGAUAUAGACAAAAGAGCUCUAACUGUUACAUCUAGCAAUGAUCCAUUAAUCGAAUUACAAGAUGUAUUGUUUGAUUCAGCUAUUGGACAUGAUACAUCAAACAUAUCAAGUAAUAAGCUAAUCAGCUCUGUUGUAAAUGAUGAUAAUACUGAUUUGCCAACUAAAACUUUAAGUGAGACUACACUAAAAAAACGCAACAGCAUUCACACUGCUGUUGUGGAUGAAGAGUGUUUAUCUAUUAGUUCACAAGAAUUAUUUCCAGAUUUAUAUGAUGCUUCUGAAGAUAAAAACUCAACUGAGCGUAUUGUUCUAGAAGAUAACAUAGUUUCAAGUUCUGCUGUUUCCUUCCACAAAAAUAAGGAUUUGGUAGAUGCCCAAUCAAACUCAAAAGUGAUUGACAAAAAUACUUCAAGCUCAUCAGACGAGAUGAUUAAUGAACAGCCAUUGGCUUUUUCAUCAGUAGAUGUCACUUUCUGCAAAACUCCAAGAGAUGCACUGUCACUUGCUGCAAAAGGUAAAAUAGAUGAAUCAACUCUAUCAUAUAGAAAUGAAACAGAAAUAAUCAAAGCAUCAAAUGAUAUAUUUGAUGCCUCAGAUCCAGCUUGUAAUGAUAAAUUCUUUCCUGAAUUGAACUUUUCUGACUUUGUUGAAAAGAAAGUCUCUGACAUUUCUGAAUUCAAUUUUCUCGCAAAUUCUUUGAGUAACGUUGAAGUUGAGAACUCAAAACAAGUAUCAGAUAAUGUUCAAGUGUCUAGUCAAAUGGAAAAAUUACCUGAUAAAAAUGAAAUGCCUCAAAAACCACUGACAGAUGAAGUAAUGGUUAAUGGUAAUGACAGUUUUGAGGCAGACCUUGAAUUAUUUUUUCGUGAGGAGUUGUCAGAAAAGGAUCACAUUAAACAAGCAAAAUAUUCCUCAGUACCAUCAAACAAAAGUACUGAGGAUGUCAAUCCAAUUAUGGUAGAAACUGAAAGAACUGAAAAUGAUGUGUCAAAAUUAAAAAACAUAUUUACUGACGAAGAAAAUCCUGUCUUGGUGAAUCAAUCUAAUGAACUCAGCUCACAAAAAAUGGAAUCUAGUCAAACAGAAGAUAAUAUAAUGAAUGCCUUCAAUGUAUCUUCAAAAGCAAAAGAUAAUAUAAUGAAGGCCUCCAACGUGUCACCGAAAACAAAAGAUAAUAUGAUGAACUCUUCUGAUGUGUCAACAGAAGUACACAAUUACAAAAGAACUGUUGAUUUAGAUUUUUCAGACAUUGAGCUUGGACCUUUCAAUCUAAUAAACAAUGUGGAAACAAAACUAGUUCCCCAAUGCCUUUCUCCACAAACAUUUAGAAAUUUAUAUGGUCUUAUGUGUGACAAAAUGACAUCUGGUGAAUUGUAUGACUCUGAAUCAUCUGACAAAACAGAGUCUCCUGAUGAAUUGAAUGACUCGGAAUUCCCUCUUUCACAAAGCAUGCCUAAUGAAAAGAGUGUAGAUGACAAAUGGGAAACUAGCUUCUUAGGGUGUGAGGAAAUGACUACGUCACACUCAUUUCCGAAAAUUCAAUAUCUUAAAAAUCUAGACCUAAUACCUUCUUUUUGCGAAACAGCUAAUAUUGCACAACAUGAAGCUUCCAUGGAUGAGCCAGCAUCUCUUGAGUGUUUAUCAUCUGGUAACAAUGAGCCUAUAAGCAGGCUUACAAAAAGCUUCAUAACAUAUAGUUCUGUGCUUCCACGACUUUUCUUUGGUAUAGAUGCAAACAGAUUUAGUGACCUGUUCACUGACUCACCUGAAGCAGAAACAGAGAAGCAUACUCUUUUCAUUGAUAAUACGUUAGCUGGCAAUAAUAGUAUUGUCUCUGAAACAAGCAAUUUAACAACUGCUGUAAAAAAUAAUCCUCAAUCAAGGCGUAAAGCUAAUGCAGAUAAUAAAAGUGGUGUUUUGUCCAGAAAUUCUUCUACUCAAAUCAAGAAAAGAGGACGUAAACCUUUGGUGUUCAAUAGUAGCAAACGAGAGAGAACGAUCUCCAACUGUGCAACUUGUUUCGUGUCUGAAACAGACCCUUUAACAUCUGUCGUAAAAAAUAAUAGACAAAAUAAUUCUCGAUCAAGGCGUGAAGCUGAUGCAGAUUAUAAAAGUGGUGUUGGUGCUGUGAAUACUAGAACUAAUAUUGGAGACAAAAUAUUUAAUAAAAGAGAUUCAUAUAAGUCUUUGCCCAAAACGAAUUUAGAUUUAAACAGCACAGUAAUCGAAAAGAAUGUCAACGAUCUAAAAACACCAACUAAACUAAAUUUAAACCAUACUGGAAAUGGAGAAAAGUUUGUAAAUAAGGAAUCGCUUGAUUCAAACUCUCACCCUGUAAGCAAAAUAGUUGAUGUGAAAUCUCUUAACAAUGAUAAUAAUAUAAACCAGAAUUCUAAUGUCUGUGAGGUAGAAAAAAAUAAUGUUGUCAAGCUAUUAAGAAAAUGUAAAGGUCUGAGCAUUACCCUUGAAGACUGUUUAUCUCCAAUACAAAAAAGAACCAUAUUUUCCAAUGCUCAUUCAUUAAAAAUUGACUUUGGAAGUCUUCCAGAAGAUUCAAAAAAGAAAUUAAAUGAUAAUGAUUUAACUGCUGAAAAAACAUCAAAAGUAUGCAAAAUAGAUUGUCUUAAGUUAGUUGACGAUGAUACAUUUGGUAAUAUUAAUUACAAUUCUAAAGCUAGUCACACAGAAGAAGAAAUUGCUCCCCAGCUAUUAAAUAAAUGCAGAAAUCUAAGUAUUAUUAUUAAGGACUGCUUAUCACCUCUACGAAAAAGAAACAUUGUCUGCAAUGAGCAGACAUCUUCAACAAACGAUAGUUUGAAAAAUGACUUUCAGGCUGUUUGCAAAACUUCAGAAGAAAAUAUAAGUGACAAUUUUACGGAUGAUAAUGUAAAUUACUAUUCUAAUAUCUGUGAUAUAGCGAAUGACAAUAUUUCUCAGCUAUUAAAUAAAUGCAAAACUGUUGUCUCUAAUGAAGACUGCUUAUCAUUAACACAAAAUAAAAAUGAUCUUCAAGAUAUUUCAACGGUUUCAGAAAAGGAACUAAGAGAUGCUAGUAAUGUUAAAAAAUGUAUUCAAAUUGACUUGAAUCAUGAUUCUGAAAGCCCACAAGUUUCAGAAGCUAAUAUAUCACCUUCAAAAAUUUUGCCAUCAAAUAUCUACUCAAAUCAAGAAUUAAAUGAAGAUAGCAACUCUUUUGUCUCAAGAAUUGGAUCAAAUGUUAAAUUUCAAUCUUGUGUUAAAAAUAGCGGAAAUAAAGAACAUUCCUUAACAAAUGGUAAAAAAUCUUCACCUGAUGAUACAAACUCUGUUAAAACUAACACUCUUCCUUCUCACGGUGUUUCAUUAAAUAAUGACUCAGUCAUUACCAAAGAAAUUUCUUCCACCAACUCUGGUACUUUGUCGAAUCAAAGUUUAUCAUUACUGCAAAAAUGUAAACCUUUAAAAAUUGUGCUUAAAGAUUAUUUUAGGACCCAAAACUUGGAUGCUUCACUUUACCUUAGUAGCCAAGUAGUUGAUAAUUUUGUAAAUUAUCAUUCUCAACUGUCAACUCUUAAUGUACCUGGCUCUAUUGUACCUAAAAAUUGUUCCUCAACUCAGUUAAGUAUGAGCAAAAUCUCCGAUUCAUCACUGUUUCUUAGCAGUCAAGUUGUUGAAGAUUUUGUAAGUUAUCAAACAAAAGAGUCAACUCUUGAAGUAUCUGAGUCUACUUUUCUUGAAGAUUGUCCAGAGUCUCAAAUAAUGACCCAAAAUUCAGAUACAUCAUUACAUCUUUCCAGCCAGGUAGUCAGCGAUUUUGUAAAUUUUCAGUAUCAAGAAUCUUGUUCCGAAGUGUCUAAAUAUUCUACUGUACAUAAAGAUAGUUUUGAAAAUUCUGAAGCUUCAUUGUAUCUGAGUAGCCAAGUUGUUAAUGAUUUUGCAAAUUUUCAGUCUCGAGAAUCCACUCUUGAAGUGCCAGACUGUUCUGGCUUUUCAGGCGAAUGCACUCUGACUGAAUCCUUAAGAAAAUCCUGUAAGCGUAUGGAUUCAUGUGAAUUCGAUGAGAACUUUGUAUACAGCAAAAAGGCUAAAAUGAAAGAGUUAAGAAUUUUGACUCAAUCUGAACUGCCCCUUUUGGCUGAAAAUUCCAAACCACAAAAUGUCACAGUUAAAAAAAAGAACCCUGCAACUUGUAAAUCUCCUUCAUGUACGAGUACAAAAAAGAAGAAUGGAAAUGAAUCACCUGCUCAAAUAAAAGAAAUUACCAGAUCUAGCUCACGGAAUAAUAAAAGACUGGGUGUAGUUGAUCAUGAAAAAAAUAAUAUUUCUGAAAAGUCUUUUGAUAAUUCCUCUAUUCCAUUUUUGGAAUACAUUCAGAGCUCACUUUUGGAACAAAAUGAAGAUUUGAAACGUCCUCAAACCUCUAUUAAUGUCAGUCUUGAAGGCAACAAUAGUAAAUUUAACCGAUCCUCUGAAAAAUCAUCUGUGUCUAGUAUAAUCUGUUUGGAAAAGCAGCAAGUGAAAAGUAAUUCUUUAGAGUAUGUGUCAUAUUUUGAAAAGAAACCACAUAGAAAAAAUAAUGUGAAGAAACCUGAAAGAGCCUCGAGAUUGAGAUCUAUAAGUUCUUUAUGCUGGAAUAAUGAUUAUGUGAGUUCUAGUGGAAGAAAUUUUUCUCCUGAAAUGAAUAAUGAGGAAGUUUUAAUAAAUGUUAAUAAGAAGAAUACUACCAAACAGAAAUCACCCCUUGAAACUGUACCAAAGUGCACAGUGGACUCUUGUUUUGAUAUCUUCCCUAAAGGAGUAGCUCUUUGUUUCAAAACAUUAGAGCAAAUUGUGUUCACAGAAGAUGGUGUUAAAUUCAUCAUCCAUUACAUUGCUAAUGGACUGAGUGAUGCUGCUAAGGCAACCGAUAAUCGGGAUGUAAUACUUUACAUCCUCAAGUAUCUUUCUAUGUCUCAAAGAAAUCCCAUUGCCGUCUUUCGAGACACUAAAGAUCCUUCUGCACUCUUGCCACUGGUCGAGAGUUGUCUUGCUUCUGCUAUCCUCAUUGUUAACUCUAAUUUAAAAGACUCUGAUUGGUUACCUGAUUUAAUCAAUGUGAUGUAUCAGAUGAUUCUUUCAAAAGCAUCUUUAUCUCUUUUUGCUUUAUGUUCAAUGUGCAGAGUUCUUAUUGAAGUUUGCAAGCAGCUGCAGAAUAAGGAAAUACCCAUCACAUUUGCCUGUGACGUGCUGAAAAUGAAACAUAAAUACUCCAUAAUGUUGAUAACCUAUAUUGUUGGAUUGUGGCCUGAGCUUUUUUACCUACCUUUAGAGGCACCUGAUGAAGAGAAAAUUUUCUAUGGUGCCUUGCAUUAUGGAGCUCUGAAGAAAUGCCAGGAAAUAAAAUUUAAAGAUCAUAUAACGUGUGUCAGUCUCCUCAAUGAAUUAAUGAUAAUACCUGCUAUUUUAGAUGUAGAUUGUUGUACAGAUAUUUUGAUCAAAGAUAUAAAAGAAAUGUGCCUGAAAGCUCCCAGUGAAAAUGAGGUGAUGAUGUCAACUAUUCCAUUAUUAAUAUUUGCUGCUCAAGAAGGCUGGCAGUGGGCCAAAGAUAAGCUACUAGAACCACACAUUAUCCCUGCUAUAACUGCCUAUUCAGAAUUGGACACAAAUGAGAAAGCUCUUACUAUAUUCUGCAAUCUUUAUGCUGAAAUUUGCUUUUUCUCACCUGAUGGAACCUACCCAGAAUUAUUUCUUAUGAACUGCUUUGAAAAGCAUUCAUCAGAUGUUGGAUAUAACUUGAUACAAGAUGCUACUGCUUUAACCUCUUUAAAAUUAAUCGUUUUUCGAGGGCAGCAACUUCCACAGAAUUUGGCGGAUUGGAUAGCAGCCAAUGACUUUUCUCCUAAAGUUUCCGAACUUUAUGCAUAUUUUCAGAGAAAACUUAUGCAUUCCAAACCUGAUAUUUCAAAGAAAGAAAUCUUUUGACCUGAUUUCUCCUUUCUGAAGCUGUGAUUCAUCUGAUGUUUGGUUAUGUUUCAAAAAUAACGAUGUAAAUAUACCAAAAAUUUACUGUUUAAAAAAUAAUAUUCACUGUUGAGAAAUCAGCUCAAAAAUUAUCUUAAAGAUUCCUGUUUAAAAACUUAUAGAUCUAUUUUGAGAAAUUCGAAAGAUUUGUCUAUACAAUUAAAAUUCUAAAAUUAGGCUUAAUGCAAAUAAAUUAGUUGAUAAAUAUUCACUAACUCACUUUAUAAAAGCAUUUGUACAUGUUUAAAAUUAUGUUACAUAAGAUUUAUGUUUUUAUUCACCAGAGUUAGAUUCUUUUAUAAACAAACCGCAACUUGAAUUUUUCUUUUAUAAUGAAAGAAGAAACGAGGAUUGCGUCUUGUAGUUUGCUCCAGCUCUCUUGAAGCUAAAUCCUCUUCAUAAAAUUUGUAUAUAAUUCAAUUUUCAUUGUAUUUUUCAUCAUUGUGUUUGUGUAUACUGUGGGUACCCAAUUCAGAUUAUAUUCUUUCAUAAAUAAAACCUGAGUUAAAUUUUUCUUUGUUUUUUCUUAAAUAAAGGGGAGGAACGAAAUCUGUAGAUUGUUUCAACUCUCAUGAAAAUAAUGCUCUAAAUAGUGUUAUAACAAUUUGUAUAAUUUAAUUUCCAUUGUAUUUUUUAUCAUUGUGUUUGCGUGUUUUAAAAUGUUUAUAUUAUGCCAAGUUAAAUUAGAUUCACACAAAAAUAAACAAACCAUGAUUGGAACUCUCCUUUGUAUAUUUUCUUUUAUGUAUAUAAAAAAAAAGUGAAUUGCAUCCUGUGAUUGCUUUAACUCUUGUGAAGCUAAAUCCUUUCCUUAGAUGUUUUAUAAUUUCUAUAAUUAAAUUUUUAUUGAAUUUUUUAUUGUGUUUCUGUGAACCCAAGUUGAAUUAGAUUCUUUCAUAAAUGUAACACGAAUUGAAUAAUUGGGAGGAUUGAAUCCUGUUGAUUGCUUCAGCUCUCAUGAAGUUAAAUGCUCUCCAUAGAUGUUUUACAAAUUAUAGCUCAAUUUUCAUUGUGUUUUUGUCACGUUUAUGUGUAUUAUGUCAACCAAAGUUAAAUUAGAUUCUUUCAUAAGUAAACAACGAGUUGAAUUAGUCUUUAUAUUUUUUCUUUUAUGAAGGGGAAAAAAAGAGUAUUAUCCUUUCGAAUGCUUCAGCUCUAAUAAAGCUAAAUGCUUUCCAUAGAUUUUUUAUAACUUAAUUUUCAUUGUGUUUGGGCAUAUUUUGUGAACUCAAGCUAAAUUAUCUUUUUUCAUAAAUUAUAUAUAUAAACAAUGUGUUGAAUAUUUUUUUUUACUCUUUUUUUUCCUUAUUAAAGAGAGGGAUUGCAUCCUGUUGAUUACUUUUGAGCUUAUGAAGCCUUGAUGCUCUCCAUAGUCUUUUUACAAUUUCAACAUUUUUAUAAUUAAAUUUUCAUUUUUUUUCCUUACUUGACAAUUGGGUGCCUGUUUUGCUAUAUAUUAAUUUCCAUUCAUCACUAUUGAAUUUCAAGGAAACUUUUUAUAACAAAUAGGCUCAAAAAAUAUUGUUAAAUAAAAAAAAAAAAUUUCUGAGA